AAAGGUAAAAUUAUUUUUUUUAAGAUACAAGGCAUUGGAAACACAUGGUUUCACAAAACGCCAUUAAUAGACACCCUUUAUCUGAUUGUUGGAAAUUAUUCAUUUCCUCAAAGAGAGACAAUAAAUUGGUUGGGUAUAUAAUCUUGUACAAUGCACUUUCUUUGCCCAAGUCAAUCGCUGAACAUUUCAGAGCCAUGAGAAUGCUUCUGCUUCUGACUUUCCUUGUGCUUGGAGCUGCCAACAUUUGUGCCAUUGCCUUAGAAAGUCCCUUGAAAAGACUGGUGGCAGAGACCUUGACCCUGCUCUCUACUCACCGGACUCUGCUGACAGGCGAUGGGAACCUGAUGAUUCCUACUCCUGAACAUAAAAAUCACCAACUGUGCAUUAAAGAAGUCUUUCAGGGGAUAGACAUAUUGAGGAAUCAAACUGCACAAGGGGAUGCCGUGGAGAAGCUCUUCCAAAACUUGUCUUCAAUAAAAGAAUACAUAGAUAACGAAAAAAAAAAAUGUGAAGGGGAACGAUUGAAAGCAAAAAAAUUCCUAGACUACCUGCAAGUGUUUCUUGGUGUGAUAAACACUGAGUGGACAACGGAAAGCUGAGACUGAACUGGCUUAUUGUAGCGAAGGACUCUGGAGAAGAAGGCUGUUUUAUUACCGUGAGAAUGAGGGCCAGCCAAGGGUAGGGCCUUCAUCUUCAGUGUAAUUUAACUUCCGAGGCAAAGUAACAGUCUUUUUGGGCAUACUGCUGCUUCACUACCUCACAUAGGCAGAAAGCAUAAAAACAAAAUAUUCUAGAUAUAUUCCAGAUAUAGGAAUCAUGGAUUCUAUAUCCUAACUUUCCUCUAGGUAGCUCUAGGCAAAGUAGAAGUAUACUUUGAUCUUAUUUAAUGCAACAUUCUGUAAAAUGUCUGUUAACUUAAUGUUAUUUAUGAAAUGGUUAAGAACUUGGAAAAUUAAUAUUUAUUUCAUGUCAGUCUGUGUUCCAAUAAAACAAAAAUAGACAACUCUGAUUCAA